AUGUCUGCGCCCGAGGCGAGCAGUGCCGGCUGCGCGGCGGCGCCGACGCUGGCGCUGCAGCGCCACGAGGCCGUGCUCGUGCAGCUCCUUGCCGACACGUGCGACUGGCUGGCACAGACGCAGCCGCAGCCGCCACCGCCGGCGCCGCAGGUGCACUAUCACCCCGGCUGGACGUGCGAGGCGCGAAUCGCGGGCGGCUGGGUGCGCGACUGUCUCCUAGAGCAGCCAUCGGCAGACCUCGACAUUGCACUCUCGACGCUGACCGGCCACACUUUUGCGCUGCUGCUGCGCGAGUAUCUUGCUUCGCCGCAGUACCGCGCUUCAUCCCUGGCGCAGCAGCCCGAACUGCAGCAUGCGGCCAUGGGCAGCAUUGCACGCAUCGAGGCGAACCCGGAGCAGAGUAAGAAUCUGGAGACGGCUACGGUGCAGCUGCUCGGCCUCAGUCUGGACUUUGUGAACCUGCGCAAGGAGGUGUAUGAGGGAGAGAGUCGCAUUCCAAGCAUGACCUUCGGCACUGCCUCCGAAGACGCCGUGCGCCGCGAUCUCACCAUCAAUGCGCUCUUCUACAACGUGCACACCCGGCGUGUCGAGGAUCUCACCGAGCGAGGUCUGUCAGACCUGCGCGAGCGGCGCAUCCGCACGCCGCUCGAGCCGCAGCGCACCUUUCUCGACGACCCGCUGCGCGUGCUGCGCUGCGUGCGCUUUGCGGCGCGCCUUGGGUACACGCUCGACGAGGCGAUCCUUGGGUCGAUGUGUGAUGGCGCAGGCGAUGAGGUGCGGGCAGCGCUGCGCACCAAGGUGUCGCGCGAGCGCGUCGGCAUCGAGGUGGACAAGAUGCUCUACGGGCCUAACCCGCUGCGUGCGCUGGAGCUGCUGCACAAGCUCGGCCUGUACAACGAUGUCUUUGCCUUCCCCGCGAGCGACGAGGAGAUGCGCCGCCUGCCGUUCGCUACGUCAAAGUGCACAAAAGCAGAGCUGGGACCCCAAUGCGAGCCGAUUCCGGUCGAGGCACCCUUGACAGCCCUGCGUUGCGCGCGCAUCGUCGAUGCCCUCUGCCGACAAGCGGCCGGCGCAGAGGCACGGCCCGAGUCGCCUUUCCCAGCGGGCUUCCUGGCGCAGCUGCCACAAAGCUUCCUGGCGCCGCUGACGGACCGCGAGGAGCGCCGACGGCUAUUCAUGCUAUUCGCCAUGCCUCUGCAGGGCCGGGCGGUCGUCGAUGGCAAGUCGGCGUGGUGCUGGGCGGGCGAGCGCGUCAUUGCAAACGGCCUCAAGCUGGGCGUCAAGACGACGAGAUCGCCGCUUGCUGCGCUCAACAGCGCUCGCGAUCUGCUUGACACAGCAGUCUCGGGCGUGCGCGACUGCACGCCCUACGUCGAGUCGCUCAAGGGGCUGGGAUCCGAAGAGGUGUCGGACGAUGCCGUGCUGAUGCUCGUGGCGCGCGAAAAGAGCAUCUCACUGCCGGAGCUGAAGCUCUCUCUGCCGACGGCGCUCCUCGCUGCUUACGUUGCCCGCCUCGCCAAGGCGUGGGGUCCGGCGUCUGUGCAGGCCCCUGAUGCAGACCAUGCUUCGGUGCUGCCAGAGAGCGAGCUGCAGGCGAUCACACGAGCCUACGUCGCAUUCCAUGAGCGCAUCACCGCUCUCGACGCAACGGAGCGCGCACUCGAGAAGCCGGCCUUGGACGGCAACUCGAUCGCCAAGGCCGUCGGCAUGCCUUCGCUCGGCCGUCUGACGCCGCGCAUCCAGACGCGCGUGCUCGCGUGGCAGUACUCGCGCCCGCGUGCAGCCCACGACGACGCAGCGGCACAAGAGGCGCUGCGCGCCGAGUGCGCCGCGUGGCUGGGCGAGGCGUGGCAGGCCGGCGGCGUCGUGCCGCGAGAGGAGCGCGAGGCACUGCUGCGCCCGCCAGAGAAGGUCAAGGGCCGCGGCCAGCAGGACUCGGCCGCCGCGCGCAAGCGGCAGAAGAGCGAAUAG